CAACCUCUAAUUUUAUAGGGGUGGUUGCUUACAUCUUGACCCCAAGAUCCCGACGGAGUGGGGGAUCAUGCUGGGUGGUUGUCGGUGUUGCUGGUUUGCUUUUUGAGCUUAGUUGAUUCCUCAGAAUUUCACAAUUCACAUUACUAUUCUUGGCAUCUUUUGCAGGAGAUUGAUCCUUUUAAGGAUUUAACAGAUGAAAACAUACAUACUGCCAUUCAAAAUGCAGCAGGCCCUCAAUCUUCAUUGUAUGUGCUUGAAGUAUGUACUCGUAAUAAAUAAUGAACUGGCUUGAAUUGACUUUUGCAAUUAUAAUCUUAAUUUCUUUGUUACUUAUUAUGCUACAUUUUCUGAACAUUCUAAUGGAGCUUAUAGUAUACAAAAUUAGUGUGUAAAUGUGUAGUUGCCAUUUCAAAUUCUUGUACGAAGACAAAUAGCACAUCUUCAGGACCCAAGUCUUCAAUGUCCAUGGUUUAUUUAUGACGAGCUGAUCAAAAUGAGCCAUCAGUGUCUGGUGUCUGAACUACAACUGUUUCCCGUUUUGAGGAAACGUAUGGAUGAGAUAUUAAGGAGCUUCUUAAGGGAAGAGUUCCAGCCAUUGAAGUCUAGGAUAGAAGAUAUGAUAGAAAUGGAGAUGGAUUGCAUAAAUACUUCUCACCCGCAAUUUAUUGGUGGGAGUAGAGCUAUGGAGAUGGCAUAUCAGCAGGUCAAUUCCUCCAGAAUGGCUACAUCCGCGCCUGUUCAUUGGCGGAAAGGUGUUCAAUCAACAGAGGAAAUUGAAAACCCCACAUCAUCUGCUAGAACCCGUUCAAGUUGGGGAAUAGCAUCAAUCUUUGCUGGAUCUAAUCCUCGGGUGUCUGUCAAACAAAACCCAAUCAGUAAUUCUUUCACAGUGCCUGCUCAGAGCAUGGAAGAACCCUUUUCUGUAAUCCACUUAAACAAGCCACCAAAUGUCUUGAUACCCUCAGAAACCCUUUCAGACCAUGAAGCCAUUAAAGUCGCAGCAAUGAAAUUGCUACUGAGGUCCUAUUAUGACAUCGUUAGGGGGAUUAUUGAGGAUUUUGUGCCUAAAGCAAUCAUGCAUUUCCUGGUAAAUCACACGAAACGUGAGCUACACAAUCUCUUUCUCAGCAACCUUUACAGAGAAGACCUCAUUGAAGAGUUGAUGCAAGAAUCUGAUGAGAUGGCUAUGAAGAGGAAGCGCACACGAGAUAGAUAUUGUGUCCUCGAGCAAGCUUUUCAGACAUUGGAUGCAUUGUCAUUUGAAACCGAGUUAGUUGAGAAGGGCUAUAGCAGUAGCAACCAUCUGUCUGCAGCGCCAUCUUCUUCUUCUUCUCCUAGCGACAGUAGUUCUGUUCAUUCAGCACACUCACCUUCCUUUCACAACCCGUGGUCUUGCUGAUCAACCCGUUCUCUCAAGUUGCAGGCGUAGAUUCUAAUGUUAGUCGACCAAUUUUCGUCCCAAACAUCAUCAAGUGAUUUUGUAAAGAAACUUAAAAUAUUGCCCCCAUCCUUUUGUUUCUUGUAGGAUUGCCACAAUUCACAGGAAUAUGAGUUUCUCUUUUCUUUCUGGCAAUGUGUUGUAAAAACCGAAACACAAAAACACAAAUUUUGGAAGUGUAAAGUGACAACUUUUCCUUCGCCAAUUUUCUUUACUUUUG